AAUCUCGCGCAGGCGUGUUGUUUCCCCGUCACUAUGCGGGUGCUCGUGGGUGGCGGGACGGGAUUCAUCGGGACAGCCCUAACCCAGCUGCUUAAAGCCAGGGGCCACAAAGUGACGUUGGUCUCCCGCCAGCCUGGGCCGGGUCGAAUCACGUGGAGUGAACUCAUUAGGUCGGGGCUGCCCCUCUGUGAUGUUGUCAUCAACCUGGCUGGAGAGAACAUCCUCAACCCUCUGCGAAGAUGGAACGAGGCCUUCCAAAAAGAGGUUCUUACCAGCCGCCUGGAUACCACCCACUUGCUAGCUAACGCCAUCACCAAAGCCACACACCCACCGCAGGCUUGGAUACUAGUCACAGGUGUAGCUUACUACCAGCCAAGCCUGACUGAGGAGUAUGAUGAAGACAGUCCAGGAGGAGAUUUUGACUUUUUCUCCAACUUGGUAACCAAAUGGGAAGCAGCAGCCAGGCUGCCUGGAGAGUCUACACGCCAGGUCGUGGUACGUUCAGGAGGCCCCAUUGGUUCAGGUCACCAGUUCUUCCCCUGGAUACACAUCGGUGAUCUGGCAGGAAUUCUGACUCAUGCCCUUGAAGCGGACCAUGUCCAAGGAGUCCUGAAUGGAGUGGCUCCAGCAUCUACCACAACCAAUGCCGAGUUUGCCCAGGCCUUGGGUGCUGCCCUGGGCCGCCCAGCCUUCAUACCUGUCCCCAGCACGGUGGUACAAGCAGUCUUCGGACGAGAGCGUGCCACCAUGCUGCUGGAAGGCCAGAAAGUGGUCCCACGACGGACACUGGCCACUGGCUACCAGUAUUCCUUCCCAGAGUUAGGGGCUGCCUUGAAAGAUGUCGUAGCCUAAGUAGAGAAGGACCCCCAAGGCAGGAGCUGAGGCCUGUUGUUCCUCAACUAAGAACUGGCUCAGGUGAUGCCAGUAUUUGAGAUGAGAAGCUAUCUAGGUCUUAGAACCUCUCCCCGUCACUUUCUUCCCGUGUUGUGUUCCCCCAUCUGAGAACAUCAGUCAAGGUUGUAAUCUCAUCCUAACCUCAACCUCUUCGACUUCUUGUCGUUUCUGUGUGUCGCGCCAGUUCUCCUAUAUACUGUGUAGAGAAAGUUCAGUAGUUGUGGCAAUAAAUUCUCUCACUAGCUUCAGCUGUCUCUUUGGCUUAGAUUCUCCUAGAAUUUAUCUUAAGGACUAUUACCUAGAUGGCUCUUCUUCCUAAAUGAGGUUCUGAAUGUAAUACUCAGUCUCUCUCCUCACCCUUCCCUUUCUUGGUCU